CCAACUUCCCAAUUACAGUCAGUGCACCACAACAAGAUGGUCUGUGAGUGUGUGUGCUCAGGCCAUCUCGCGAAUUUCUUACACUGACGCCUCUAGGGGUCGCCCCAUGUCUUGUGGGGAGGUGUGCGAGUUUGUAAAGCAAUGAACGAUAUAACUGAAAGCGACCACCAGCCUAGAGAGAGUACAGUAGACAGAAGCGACCCAGCGGAUGGCCACCUCAAGGAUUCCUGCACUAGCCGCUGUGGUCUUGCUAAGGUGACGCUGAGAAUACCAUUUAAACCCGAAACUUUUAAGGCCCAGUCAUUACUCGCAAGGUUCCACAGCUCAAGGAAAUCUGACAGUGGUAUUAAGAGCGAAUUCAAGGCGAGUAGUGGUGGUGGUGGAGCGUCUGGGUUGGGAUUCGGGCGGGGAUGGAGACGUCCUAAAACUGGAAACUCCUUUGAGGGACCCCCGAGUGUUGUGACAGAGCCAGAAAACACAUCAACGAGUCUUCCAGAUGAUCUCAAUCAGAACACUAAUGUGGUUACGAACGAGGGAGACGCCGUAGUGUGUGACAAUGGUGUUAAUAGCGCUAGUGACGAGCUGGGCACAGGUAUUACAAGGAGCUUCUCGCAGGAGGUGGCUGGGGGACAGGGGGAGGCUGAGGGGCUGUUUGGCACCUGGCCCGGCCGUCCAAGAAAACUCAAAAUCCUAAGGAAAAGAUUGCUAACCUCAGGGGCAGGUAGUAGAAUAAAUCCUGAUCAUGUGCCUGCUGCUAAGACAAGUGAGAGUGCAGAGAAUAAAGAAACUACCUGUCUACUGCCCCCCACGAUGGACACCCAGACAUGGGACGACCCAGCUGCCAAAUGGAAGACCAAGGCAGACCUGGAAGACGGCACUGCCCUUGUGAUGAACUCGAAGUCAGCUGAAGUGCCAAGCCAUAACGUUUCCCUUGAUGCUCUGCUAGAAUCUCUCCCUCUGAUCUACAACCCCGCCACAAAGCAACUAUGCCUUGGGACCCUGAAGAAGAAAAAUGAACCCUCAGUCAAUGGUAUGUCAAGUAAAACCACAGUUGACGAUUAUGAUCAUGACAUCCAUCCAGAAAAACUAAAAUUAGGGUGUAGUGAAAAUUGCUCAGAAUUAAGGAAGGAAAAUGAAGAAUCUCAAGAGGAGUUUAUCCCCAAUCACUCUGAGCUGGGGGAGGCACCGACAUUACCCAAGCCCCUGGAGAUAAUCCAAGAAGUUGAGGAGAGUGGAGAAACAGUGAAGCUUAUUGAUAAAGGCAGCAGCCCACAGUCUGGCAAUGUGAGUGGAAGCUCGUCGUUGGAGAGAGGAAAUUAUGAGAGCAUUAAGAACACCUUGCAGAGGAUUGGAACCAGUAACUCUCUCUCCAUCACUGACGCUAGUUCCUUCUCAAGUCUCUCCAGCCUGAACACCGAGUUCUCUGCCUAUUCAGCCUCCGACAGCGCUGUGUGUCUAGGCUCCCACCAGUCAGACACAGGCUCUCUUAGGGACUUCGUUCUCACUGAUAAUGACGGCAAGAGCAAAAAGAGAGGAAUUGCUGAUUUUCUAACUAGAAACCUCUUUUCGUGGCGUCACAAGGAUGGGGGUGGCGGGAGUGACGGCGCCUCCUCCACCUCCUCCUCCCCGGUGCCUUCCUCCCCCGUGGCUCCCUCUACCGGCUGGAGGAUCUUCUCCCGCCCCAGCACGCGCCUCUCCCGCUCCCCCGAUUUACAGGUUCGUAACUGUGACCUGGAGGCAGGCAGUGUUGGGCUCAUCAUGGAGAACAGACCCAACUCCCUGCCAGCCAAGACGGCUGGGGAGCAGCUCAAACACAAGCAGGAGUACCAGAGGAUGGUUUCAGCUGCCAAAAAGAAAGAGUUGAGAGAGGCGAAGGAGAGGAAGAAAGCACAGGCCAACCUUCAGCGACAGGAGGAACAGCUUGCAAUAGCCGUGGCCACAUGGAACACUGAAAUAUUACCCAAGUGGGACACCAUGCGCACCCAUAAGAAGUGCCGGGAGCUUUGGUGGCAGGGACUUCCCUCCUGUGUGCGGGGCCGUGUGUGGGAGCUGGCUAUUGGCAACGACCUCAACAUCACCCCUCAGCUCUACAACAUCAUGGUUCAGAGGUCUGUUGAGAAGCUGGUGAGUCUGAGUGAGUGCGGCAGCAUGGCCAGCCAGGAGGACAUGACCAGCGACUCAGGUGACCAGGAGGCAACCAUCGACCUCAUCCGCCUCGACGUGUCACGCACCUUUCCUCAUCUCUGCAUAUUCCAGAAGGGAGGACCUUAUCACGAUCCCCUGCACAAUAUCCUGGGAGCUUAUGCUUGCUACCGUCCUGAUGUCGGGUAUGUGCAGGGCAUGUCUUUCUUGGCGGCCACUCUCUUGCUGAACAUGAAUGAAGAGAAUGCCUUCAUCAGCUUCUCAAACCUCCUCAACAGACCAGCACAUAUGGCUUUCUUCAGAGUUAAUCAGCCAAUGAUGUGUGCUUACUACCAGACUUUCGAGGCGUUACUUGCUGCCAACCUGCCGUUACUUGCCACUCACCUACAAAACAUUGGGGUGACGCCUGACCUCUAUGUCCUUGAUUGGCUGCUGACGGUGUUCUCUCGGCCCCUUCCCCUUGAUGCAGCCGUCAGGAUAUGGGAUGUUUACUUAAGAGAUGGAGAGGAGUUUUUGCUCAGAGCAGCCAUUGGAAUUCUGAAGCUGUAUGAGGAAGUAUUGACUCAUCAGGAAUGCACUGCCACUGCUGCACAGUUCUUGACUCGCUUGCCAGAUGACCUCUGUGCAGACGCUUUAUUCCGGGCCAUUGCAUCCGUCCGAACCUCUGCCCACAAGCGCACCUUUGCACAGAUCCUCCAGGAGCACAUGGAUGCGAUGUCUGCUACUGAUGUAUGAUUGUGGCUGAAUAUUACACUACAUCACUAUAUCAUUCAUGGCUUAUUCUCAGCUUCUCUCCUGUUAUGAAGUGACCUGCUCAAAGUACCAGUACAUGAUAACAUCUCUACAUUGUUUACUUUUCUUGUGUUGUAUUCAUUGUUUUGUCAUUAUUGGUAGAGUGACUUGCAUAUGUCUAUUCUGAAGGUGAAGACAUUUAUUUUAUUGUACCCAUCUAUUUUAUUUUAUCCUUAGAUUUUAAGUAUAAUUAAGAAAGAUGGAUGAGUGAUAGUUCGUACAUGAAUCACGAGUGAUGAGAUUAUAAGCACUUGUCUGGAGGUUUGGAAGUAUAGAGGAUCUGAGGAUGAAUUAGAAUAGGAUAUAUUAAAGAUGAAUGUUAAAAGAAGUUAUAUAUGUAUACUGAAGAAAACUAUAUUAAAACAAUAUUACUGAAGAGCUUAAAGAUCUGACAUGGAAAUAGAAAAGAUCUUAUAAUGGGCUUUAAUGGCUGUUUUAUAACACACAACGGUGGGAAGGACAGCAAUAUAGUUUAAAUCCUCAACAUAUCUACCUAUCCUAGCAGUGUAUCUUGUAGGUAAAUAUAGUAAUGGUGUUAUAAACAUUUUGAGUAGGGCACUUCAUCUGAUCUUACAAAUUAGCAGUUUACAAUCAGGUGUUUUGUGGACACACUAAUUUGGUUGUGUUUUACUUGACUCACCUUUCAUAGACAACAAUCACCUGAGACAAUCUGGGAGAAUUAGUUGUGUCCUCAGAAUAUUGUAUUGUUUAAUCAGUUAUUCUCAUCAUGGAAGACAUGAAAGACAAGACAUGAAAGUAAACUUGCUGUAUUUAUCUGUAUGCCAUGUCAACCUGGUAUAUGGAUAGAUUGAAUAAGUAGAGUAAGUUUUGUUGCAUGUCUGAUGUGAAUUAAUUUAUUCAUACAAUUUCUUUUUCCUCAUUGUUAUUAGUAUUGAAGCUGAGAUACCUAGACCCAUAAUAAUAAUAAUGAUAAUUAUAAUAAUAAUAAUAAUGCAAAUUACCUACAUAAUUCUGUGAUAGUUUAUUCAUGCAAAGACAUACAAUCAAGAGAACUGCUGGUCAAUCAAUAGUGUAUCAGUAGUUAAAGCGUUGUGAAUGUUAUCUUAUAGAAUUACAAAUGCAGUAAAGAUAAUUAUUCCUCUAGACAGGAACGAGUUUAUGUGAUUAUGAAGGAAAGAACAAUAUGUAUGUACUUUCAGAUUGUUACUUUAUUACUUUCUUCAAACCAUUUCAUAUAUGAACUUCUUGUGAUUUAGGUUCUUCUUUCUUGUUAACUGUUCAUUAAUGUCAGUGCAGAUGUAGUAGUUUUAGUGCUCCAAUGUUAGUAUUUAUUUUGAAUUUAUAGAAAAAACAAUCUACAAAAAAAUCCAUUUCAUCCACAUGUUUUUCUUUCUCUCUAAUUCUGUGAGCAUUUCUUUUCAUCUGUAUGUCUUUUAACAGAAAAUUAGUAACUAAACUGUAAGGCACCUCUGUAUGAAGGCACUCUUGCAGCUUUUCAAAGGACAGAAGACGUGUAGGUGACAUCUCAGAUAUCUUUAAAAGUCAUUGUAUCAAAGUAUAAAUAUGAAUGUAUACUGGAGUAUAUCUAUAGUUCUAACAACAGGAAUGUGUUGACAGAGCAAAUUGGCCCUGCAACCAUUAGACUGAGGGCACUCUGCAUCAAGAGAACAUUUGUCAUGUCAUUUGGAAUCAUGUGCAUCCACAAAAUUGUUUCUUCAAUAAGUGUGGAUGAAAUGGGUUUGACUAUAUAUUGUUAGUGUGAUAUUUUAGUUCUUUUAUUUUCUUUUGUUAAUGAUGCAUAUUAAUAUUUCAGAAUUACAUACAUAAUCAUAAUAUUUUCUCUAUUCAUCUUCAUUGUCAACAAGCGCACAAUAUUGACAUGGUCUCCUAGGUCAUGUCACAGGCUGGCAGAGUGACAUGAUUUUCUGAUUAUUUUCACAUUCAUGUGUUUUUGAAAAUAGAAAACUUUUUCUGGUGCCUCGUGUCUCCUGCAAUGGACCAAUAGUAGCGUGUGGUGCCCCUCAGUGGAGCGCCAAGGCAACACUCGGGUGUGCCGGUCUCAUGUGAUGUGUUCGUGGACUGAACUGUGUCACAUUUUUAGGUCAUCCUAAAUACACAAAGAUUUGAUAUUUUAGUCUCAUUAAUUAGAUUUGAUUCAUUGAAAUGUUUGUACAUAUGUUUAUUUUGUUUUCAGUAAUUGCCAUUACUUAUAGCAACAUUUAUAUAUUCAGCAAAUUAGUAACAUUAUAAUUCAGAUUUUCUUUAUGAAUAUACUGUUCAUAUAUCUGUGAUAAUUAAAUACUCAUUUACAUUUUUGCAUUGAGAUAAACCUGGAAAAAUACUAGUUUAUUCAAUAAAUCUUGUAGUACACUUUGAUGUAUGAUGAAUCUCAGAAGCUUCUAUGCAUAUCAACUAACAUCAUCUGCCUGCUUCUCAUCUACAGAGGUAUAUUUUGUUAAUAAUGAAGAAGGCAUUGUGCUCCUCGAUUCCUGUUGUACAUAUAUGUUGGUUUAUUGGACCAUUUGUCCUGAAAAACCAUCCCAGGUUUUCAAAGAAUUGAUUUAGUUUUGAGCCAUCCAUGCCACAUCAGAUGCUCUCCUUUAAUGUUAUCUUGAUACAAGAGAAAUGCAUAUUCAGCAGGAGCUUGUAUGAUUGUGGAGGCAAGACUGGCCUCACACUGGGUGAACCAAGUCUGUUGCAGAUUUUAAGGAUAGCUUUUCAGUUUGUUUGGUGCUCUGAUCAUAAAAUUUUGAAGAUUCAAUCCUAUCCACUACCACACACUCUCCUGGCUCAUCUUGUUUUUGCACUCACUCACAUUGGCGGUGGUUUGAUCCUUUAAAUUAUGAUUAAUUAAUGUAUGAUAUUCCUCAAAAAUUUCAGUGUGAGGCCUUCCUAGGAGUAAAUUUUCAACACACACAACACUAAGGACAGCAGCACUGAUGCAGUGUAGCAUGCCAAUGCAGACACUAAGAGACAGGGCACCAGGCUACAAACUUUGUCCUGUAAACCAACAUAUACAUUUGGAAUCCUUUACCUGAUCAACUGAAAAUGAGAUUUUAUAAUAAUUUUGUUUAUACUUGAUACUAAGUCACACUGUACUAAUUAUGAAUUUUAAAAAGUUUAUUUUAUUCCUCUAUGAAAUAUAUAGUGCUCUUGUGUCAGAUUUGUAAUGUAAACUUUUGAGUUAAGUUUCUUGUAGAUGAAAAAUGAAAGAUGAUAUAUGGGUAUAAAUGUCAAUGUUGAGUGUAUACAUGAUACUUUGAGCACUAGUAUGUACCUCGUAUUAUCCAGUGGUAGCCGUAGUGUGUUGUGUGCUGCAUGGAAAGUUGAAUAUGCAUACAAUGCAUGUAGUCAUGCCAUGUGGUAAUCCAUGGACCAAACCUUUGCCAUCCUCCAGAAGGCAGCAGGCCAGUGGUCACCAUGUUGCACUGCCAUCCUGCAGAAGGCAGCAGGCCAGUGACCACUGUGCUGCACUGCCAUCAUGCAGAAGGCAGCAGGCCAGUGACCACUGUGCUGCACUGCCAUCAUGCAGAAGGCAGCAGGCCAGUGACCACUGUGCUGCACUGCUGCUUCACUCUUCUUUUGUAUCAGGACACAAAAACAAUUCAGCAAUGGUGAAAGAGGAUAUAGCUUUUAUUGUAUAUUUAUUGGAAUAUGUAUCUUACUAGCCUCUAUUUGGCAUUUGUGUCAGUCUAGGGCUGCCUUAGCCAUCACUCUAUACUUCUGAGAUUAUGCAGAAAUGAAUGUAUGGAUGCAUGGAUUGCUGAGGAAGGAAAGUGUAGGUUAUCAUGCUUGAGGAAUGGGCAUAAGUUAUCAUUGCAAAUGUUCCUACAUAUUAAAACAUCAGCAUGAAUGCAGGCAUUCUAAGAAAGUAUUGCUCCUUUAAUAUUACCAGUGUCCAGUAAAGUGAUGUAUCCUGUAAGCAUGUAUGUAUCUAUCAUAGAAGUAUUUAUGCUCUUGAAGUUUAUCUUGUUAGCUACAGUGUCUCAUGAGCUUUAAAUUGUGCACACUGGACCCGUGCAGUACUGAGACACAAUGCGAAAACACACAUAGUAACAAUAUUAUAUGUAAUGUAUUAAGAGGAAAUUAUCCAUAUUAAAAUAGCAAGUUGAUAUUUGUGGACGGUGUCUGUAGAGGCUAUGUAUAUUGUGGAAUUUAGCAUGUCAUAUAUUCAUUGUUGAACAAGAUUAUCCAUAUACAUAUUACCAGCAGCAGCAAUUUGUUAUUCUGUGUGAUUGCUAGGUACACUGCACAGCUGACUUGUGCAGUGUGAGGUGGUGAAGAUCUGUCCUGCACAGCUGACGCUUGUGCAGUGUGAGAUGGUGAAGAUCUGUCCUCUUCCCCAGAGAGGCAUAGAGGCCUAGUUGUGAGGGAGUGCUUGUGAAUGUAUGCACAGAUGCCUUGUCUUGGCUAUCUUUUAGUAAGAGAAUGUUAGCCCUGUGUGUGUGUGUGUGAGUGUGUGUGUGUGUGUGUGUGUGUGUGUGUGUGUGUGUGUGUGUGUGUGUGUGUGUGUGUGUGUGUGUGAAGUCAAGCCCGAAAAGGUGAACAUUAUGGAUAGUGAUGGUACAGACAUUGAAGAAAAUAUCAUCUUUAUAAACAAACUGCCUAAGUAAUUUUUUUUUUUUUGAGAAAGUUGGAAAAAAAAAAUAUAUCAAAUACAAAAAAGUUGAUGCAAGUUUUGAGACUAGUUACACCACAGUCUUGACAAAGAUAACCAUACAAAUAAGUGCACCACAUCAACACACUACACAGAACUACAGAAAUCACAAAAAAAAUUAUUUGGGCAGGCUGUUCAUGAAAGUGAUGAUAUGUAUUUAUUUCAUAUAGAUUGUUUUGAGAUGUACAGUAACCCAACACUUCAGCACUGUGUCGUGUGAAAGAAGUGACCCAGAGUGACCUAGUUCAUAGGGUGCUGUGUAGAAUGGGAGGGUAGAUUUACUGUGGGUACACCAUGUAACAGAGAACAUUGUGUACCAUGAGAGGGUGCCAUGUAGGGUGGGAGGAUAAGUUGACAUGAUAGCCACCAGUGAGUGUUAGCAGUCAAUUAUGGACUCAUCGACAGUUGUGAUUGAUUACCUAGUGUUAAAUACCAUGCAUGCACACUCAGUCAUGGUCAUUUCUGCAUAUUUCAUACACACUGAGUUCUCUCCACAAAAAUGCUCCAUGUAAUCAGAAUCUGUCAAUGCUCAAACUUAUUUUAUAUGAGAGGUAGAGGAGGCAUUUGAGUUUUGAGAUUUGUUGUCCUCUAGAAACUUGUUGGAAAUCAUAAUGAAAGAGAUUCAGUAAGAAUGUGCUAAGUGAAUGUGUUGGGUGUGUCCUCAUCAUUCCUGUUGUGUCAUUAUGCAUCAUUUUUAUAAUACUGUCCAAUCAUCUGUGUGUUCCAUUUUAUACUUGUUGCAUUUUAAAGACUUUGGUCACUAUAAAAUAAAAGGAGCUUUGUU